UGAGUUUAAUUGGUUACGAACGAAACGAGCGUUAAGUCGUGUUUGUUUUCUCUAAUUGUGAGGGCUCCCGUACGGUGUGCGCUAUUGAAUUGUUUCGGUUAUCGGUGAACGUUGAGUUGACUCUUUGAGCCCUGCUUAGUUCGAAAGAAUCGUCUGACGCAGGUGUAAAUGCUAAUCGGUUUUUGUGUAUAUCUAGUGACCUGUCGCCCGUGGUGUCGUGUUUUAAUUGCUCUUGGGUGUUCGUGCCAAUAAACAAUUGAUUUUGUGUAAAGUGAUAAGACCUAAAUUGGCGCAUGGCGAGUUGGAAAUGGAUUCGAGUUGUCCACAAUAGAAUUUGUCCAGAACGAAAAAGAGUUUCAUCCAGCAAUAACACAGAAAAAGGCACACUUUUCGCCGGCGUGUGCAUGUGGUAAUUGCAAACAAUUGAGGCGGUCGCGCGGAAGCAAUGAACCCCAGAAAUGGGUUAUUUUGGCAUUUAGCUCUGCUUUUAGUGGCAACAUGCAGUUGGCGCCAAGGAAGUGGCCGAGAAUCACAAUUGAGGGUUGGCAAAGCCCUCAAUGUGUUUGUGCGAUUCGGUUAUUUGGGCAUAUCAAUGCGAGUAAUACCCACCAAUGAUACAGCAGAAGAAGUGCGAUGGCUUUUCAAGGAGCCCACCAGAAACAUUUACAAGGAUGUUCACAAUUAUGCUGAAAACAAUGAGCAAAAUACACCUGGGAUUUUCCAUGGCGACUUCCACAUGGAAUUCUGCGACAAUCGGCGUCAGUUGUAUCAAGCCUAUUUUCGAGACUUUACAAUUGAACGUUUGGAUAGGCCAUGGGAAGCAUUCACGGGUGGUUGGUUUCCCGACAACGCAGCUAAGAAAUUGGGUAUAAACACAUCCUUCAUCCAAGGCGACUACUCGUACGUGUUGGUAAGGGUGGUACGUUUCAGAGAGACCGGUAAAUUUAAAUCGGAUCUGCCACUGAAUUUGACCCUGGAAAACGAUGUUCGAGAGCGAAUGAACGACAUCGUAACUGGAAAUGUGACGACAGCUGUGAAAUUUUUCGAAAAUGUUGGCACUCAUUACAUUAAUUCGUAUACCACCGGCAAUUCGCUAUAUCAGGUUUUCGUAUAUAACCGACAAAAUUACCAAAUGAUUAAGGAGCGUAUCAAAUCCAAGGGAAUCAAUUCGUUGUCAAAACAAGAUCUUUAUCAUUUCUUUGCCCCGUGGUUUGCGGAACAUCUGGGCCAAAUACGUUCGGCCAGUGCCAACAACACCGUCGAACGAUGGGCUCGCCGAAAACUGCAGUACGAAUAUUUGCUGGUAAAAUAUGUCACCCUGCUGAAGUUGCACGGCAAUGGCACCCUACUGCGUACCCUGGACACGUUGUUGGGCAAUGACGCAAUACUGCAAUUAGAUUUGAAAUCCCUCAACGUAAUAUUUCAUAAUGACCCCGAGAAACAAAACUGGUUCCACGAAGUCCUGGACAAUCACAUGGAACUCUGGGAGGCCAAUAUGCCGCAGAACUGACGUGUGAUUGGCAUACUGUUUAUGUUAUAGUUCCUACUGUUCCUGCCGCUAAGAGCCUGUAGCUGUAACACCUGCAACAGGGAAUGGAUUUCAAUUUAGUUGGCUUAGUUUAAGGUAUUGUUUUUGUCGUUUUAAGAACAGUUCAACACGUUCUAAUGCCUGUGAUAGUUUUUCUAGAACCGUAUUUAAUAAUUAACUACUGUCGUAAUCUAAAUAUUAGUCCACGGCGCACGACAUAUGUAUGUAUGUAUGUAUGUAUGUAUGUAUGUAUGUAUGUAUGUAUGUAUGUAUGUCUGCCAUAGAAUUUAAAUCCAAAAGCCAAUGUAACGAAAAAAUGCUAGAUUCGAAGUUGUAUCUGAAACAAAGUGUAGAUAGUCGUUUGAAUAGUAAAAAUGUUUAAUGAUAGUCAUAUAUUCAAGUUUAUAUGUAUGUAUGUGAAUGUAGUUAAGUAUGUAUGUGUUAAGAUUAGCUUACAACUUACUGAGGAUUUUAUAUAAUUGCAGUGCAUGCGAGCAUAAACUUAUAUGGUCGCAUUCACUGAAUUCAUGAAAAUACAUGGGAAAUACGUAGAA